CAAAUGGAUAGUAAUUAUUACAAGACCCCUUCAGAAAUAAGAAGUGAAAAUUAAAAUUAAAUUAAAAACAUUUCCAAAGCAGGGGCUGGCAAAAGGUGAUAUUAAAAUAAACACUGACUUAAAUCCAAUCGACCAGUUGCAUUUUUCUGAUGGACACGACGACUGCCAGCCCCUGCAUGGGCGGGUCUCAGACCCAAAUCUGUCGGACAGAAGCAGACAACAAGAUCCACAAGUGCCUGAGAGUGAAGAGAUAUCUUCAUCCACUUCCACCGAGCCAGAACCCUCCUCACCCCAAAGAGAAGAAAACCAGCAUCUGGAAGAUCAUCACAGUGCCAUUGAUUCUAAUUCAAUGACACCAACAACAGCAAAUAUCAGUCAAAGUUCAAUUCAACUAUAUAGUAUAUAUUUAGAAUUACUAAAUGUGUUGGCUGAAAUUCAUAUACUAAAUGACAGCCUCUUUAACUUCAGAAUUGUAAAUAGGGUUUCCUCUACACUAGCAUAUUACAUGGAUAAUAUUGAGCAACAAACAAAUAUUCCUGGAUUUAGUAUUGAUGCGUGUACCGGUAGACCUAUGCCAUAUUUCCUAAAACACCGUCCUAAGGACCCCCAUAGACAACGUGCAAUUGCUGUAGUUGUAUUUAGAAAUGGUAAAAAAAUAAAGUCUGAACUUGUUUAUCCAGUUCAUCGUAACAAUUCAGCCUCCUUCACCGAAUUUACCAAACACAGUGAGGAAAUUCUAUUUGAAGAAAUUAAUCAAUUAUUGCAGAAAUAUGGAGCCAAAGUUCGAAACAUUUUUAUAUAUACCUAUUACAGUCCAUGUUUAAAGAGAGGAAAUAAAUAUUGUGACUGUAUGACUCAACUUGUACAGAAAGCCUAUCAAUGGUACAGGAAAUUUGGCAUUGUGACUGUAGUGUACUUCUCAGAGCCUUGGGGACCAAGUGGACCAGAUAUCCUUAAAGAUUUAAAGUAUUCUGACAUCUCAAGUAGCAGCAGUGCUCUUUAUCCAUAUGUUGACCAGGAAAUCCGCUUUAUAGUGGACACAAAAGAAUUAAAACAAAAAAAUGUAUUCCCUUUUAUCAAAGAAAUUGAAGAUGGAAAAGAUGAAAAGAAAAAGCUAAAAGAAUACCUUGAGUCUGCUAACAAACAUCUUUGCAGGUUGAGAGAGAAUUCUAAAGGAUUUCUGAAAAGUCAGCAUUUGGAGCAUGGCUUGAAAUACAUUGACUCACUCACAUUUCAUAAAAAGGUCCAUAAACGAAUCAUUGAAACUUUUAAAAAUAAUUGGAUUGAAUUGGUUAACUAUUGUUCAAUGUCUGCCAUUAUUAAAAUAUUGACAUCAGUCUACAACAAAGCAGUAGUCAAACCCUUUUUGGGUGACAGCGGCUUCUUACAGAUUUACCAGGUCCCGUCGGGCAUUGAGGUGGAGGAGGGAGAUUAUGUUGAAUUGGAUAAUACUUAAUUUUGGUCAGAAUGUAUGUGAUACAACAUUUUAUUUUAUUGUCAUUACUAUAUUUUUGAUAUAUUUAUAUAUGUGUAAAAUAUAUAUAUAUUUGAAUUUGACAAAACAUUGACCUUAACCUUUUGAUAGUUAAACACUAAAUUGCAUUCAGACUGUGUUGAAUUAUUACUAUUGGUACAGGUUUUGGAGGGAUGCUUUUUAUUUUUAAUUGUAAUUAGUGCUCUAAUUAUUUUUGAACUCAAGUGUUUGUCUGGAUGUUUGUUGUCUGCAUCUGUCCUGAGCUCUUAAAUAAAAUAAAUAAUAAAAACUCACAUUGAAA